CGAGUGGUAUUUGCCGGAUUGCGCUGCCGAGGGAGCAGUCAGUUUCACCAGAUUGCUCUCAAGCUCCGGCAACCCGCGCAGCCACACUGUCGCCAUGGCUGCGUUGAAGCGAAAGGAGGGCCCCGACGGCGCUGCUGCGUCGAAAUCAGUCCGAACCGCGACCGAAGCGAGACCGGCCAAGCGGGCAAAGCAGAGCGAGUCCACGAAAGACGACGGCAAGAAGGGCGCAAAGCAGUCCAAGCCCGCUGCGAAGCCGCUCGCUGCUCCCCUGGUUACCGCGCUCAAGGAGGAGGAGCCAUUGUUCCCCCGUGGCGGUGGGAGCGUCCUGACUCCCCUUGAGCAGAAGCAGAUCUCGAUCCAGGCAAAGAGGGACGUCUUGUUCGAGGAGGAAUCGGCCGGCAAGAAAGCCGACAAGGCCGCCAAGAAGAAGAGGCGCAAGUCGCGCGCCGAUGAGACCGCCACCAAGCCCACCAAAGACGAGGAUGCCGUCAAGGUGGAAAGUCUCAACUUCAAGCGCCUGGUCAAAGGCUCGCUGGUCCUCGGGACCGUCUGUGCCAUAAACCCCCUCGACAUCGCCCUCGCGCUCCCGAACAAUCUCGUCGGCCAUGUGCCCAUCACCGCCAUCUCCGAAACUCUAACGCGCCGGCUGCAGGCGAGCGCAGAGAAAGAGGACGACGCGGGGGAGUCGGAGGACGAAAACGCCGACGACGUCGAUCUGAAGAGCUUAUUCCACAUGGGCCAGUAUGUGCGCGCCUAUGUCGCGUCGACACUAGACGAGUCGACACCCGGCAAGUCUCGGCGUCACAUCGAGCUAUCUCUCGAACCUUCGCAUGCAAACACGGGCAUCUCAGAGCAGGACCUUGUGGAGCACUGCACGCUCAUGGCCUCGGUUGUCAGCGUCGAGGACCAUGGCUUCGUCAUGGAUAUCGGCAUAUCCGAGUCGAGCGUGAAGGGGUUUCUGCCGCGCAAGCAGCUCGACAAGAGCAUUCCCGAGGACAGCAUCCAGCCCGGCUCCGUUCUGCUCUGCGUCGUCACUGGCAAGGCCGCGAACGGCAAGGUCGUCCAGCUGUCUACGCUCCCGGACCGUCUCGGUAACCCGAAACAUACUCCCUCAGAAGCUACCACCAUUGGGUCGUUUCUUCCCGGCACCGCAGCCGAUGUCUUGAUAUCCGAGGUCUCCCAGCACGGCGUCAUCGGCAAGGUCAUGGGCCACUUGGACGUCACCGCAGACCUUGUCCACUCCGGUGCGGGCCCAGACGGCGUCGACAUUGUCGACAAGUACAAGGUUGGCUCCCGCGUCAAGGCGAGGAUCAUCUGCACGUUCCCGACUGCGAAGAUGCCCAAGCUGGGCAUCUCGCUCUUGCCGCAUGUACUCUCGCUGAGGCCGAAGACGACGAUCCAAGACGGCCAGGAAGCCCUGCCAACCCAGAUUCUUGCUCACUCGGCGAUCGUGGACCAGUGCACCGUGCAGCGGGUCGAGCCGGGCAUUGGCCUCUAUGUUGACGUUGGCGUCCAGGGCGUCCCGGGAUUCGUACACAUUUCCAGAGUCAAGGACGGCAAAGUCGACAGCUUAUUCGAGAACAGCGGCCCCUACAAAAUCGGUUCCGUGCACCCCGGCCGGGUGGUUGGCUACAACUCGUUCGACGGCAUGUUCCUGCUCUCGUUGGAGAAGCACGUUCUCGAGCAGCCGUUUUUGAGGAUUGAGGACGUCCCUGUCGGCGCCGUGGUUCCUGGUGUCGUUGAGAAACUCGUCAUUAACCAGGACGGCCUCGGCGGCCUCAUCGUCAGGAUCGCCGACGGCAUCUCUGGUCUCGUACCCGAGGCCCAUCUUGCCGACGUCCAUUUGCAGCAUCCCGAGAAGAAAUUCAGGGAAGGGAUGAAGGUGAAGGCCCGUGUUCUUUCGACGAAUCCGGCAAUGCACCAAAUUCGUCUCACGCUGAAGAAGACACUCGUCAAUUCUGAGGCGCCCCCUAUCAAGUCGUACGACGAACUCGCCGUCGGGCUGCAGGCUCCUGGCACAAUUGUCAGCGUGCUUCAGCACGGCGCCAUCGUUCAGUUCUACGGCCAGCUGCGCGGUUUCCUUCCUGUUUCCGAGAUGAGCGAGGCCUACAUCCACGACCCCAAGGAGCAUUUCCGGGUCGGGCAGACUGUCAGCAUAUACGUCCUCAGCUUUGAUCCGGACGCUAGCAGACUCAUAGUUUCUUGCAAAGACCCGUCGGCUUUCGGCCUCGAAAAGCAGCUCGCACUGAAGAAGCUCCAGGUCGGCCAGCUGGUCUCGGCAAAAGUCACGCAGAAGACCGAGGACGAUAUCUUUGUUGAGCUCGCCGACAGCUCCCUGAAGGCAAUUCUCCCCGUCGGACACUUGACGGACAAGUCUGUCAGCAAGACGCAGUCGGCGCUCAAGAAGAUCCACGUCAACCAGACGCUCUCCGAGUUGGUCGUCCUCGAGAAGAACGAGGGCCGUCGAUCCAUCACGCUCUCCCACAAACCGAGUCUGGUCCAGGCCAGCAAGGAGGGCAAGCUUCUUGCUCACAUUGACGACGCCCGACUGGGGGACCAGGUGCCUGGCUUCGUCCGCAACAUUACCGCUACCGCCGCUUUCGUGCAGUUUGCAGGGAAAUUGACGGCUUUGCUUCCCAAGUCGAUGAUGCCGAGCGACGUCCGGGACAAGCCCAGCUUUGGGAUGCACAAGUCUCAGUCGCUCGUCGUCAAGAUCACCUCCAUCGACAAGGACCUUGGUCGCUUGGUAGUUGCCAUCCCUUCCGCCGCUGGCGAAGCAGCCAAGACGUCUCAAAAGAAUGCCGAGAAGGCGGUAAAUUCGGUGGACGACUCUAUUGGCUCGAUAGAUGAUCUCGCCGUUGGAAAGCUCACCAAGGCGCGCGUGAAGUCUGUCAAGGAGACGCAGCUCAACGUCCAGAUCGCAGAUAACAUCCAGGGACGGAUUGAUGUGUCCCAAAUUUUCGAUAAAUGGGAGGACAUUCCAGAUCCGAAACGCCCCCUGAAACGGUUCAAGGCCGGCGAUAUUCUUCCCGUCCGCGUUCUCGGCGUUCAUGAUGCCCGCAACCACCGCUUCCUCCCCAUCAGCCACCGGUCGAGCCACUCGGUUUUGGAACUAUCAACGAAGCCCAGCGACCUGAAAGGAGACGCCAUGCCGGAGCCGUUGACCCUUGAGAAGAUCGAGCCUCAAUCUACUCAUCUGGCCUUUGUCAACAACGUCACUUCCAGUCACUUGUGGGUAAAUCUGUCCCCGAAUGUGCGUGGCCGAAUCAAGGCUACGGAGGCCUCAGAUGACCUGUCCAAGGUGGCAAGCCUGGAGAAGAGCUUCCCCGUCGGCUGCGCGCUGCAGGUGCGUGUUCUGGCCGUAGACGCAGACAAGGAGAGAGUCGACCUCUCGGCUCGGACUGGCGCUGCUCCCGAGCUCUCUUGGGAUAAAGUUCAGCAAGGCAUGGUCUUGCCUGGCAAGGUCACCAAGGUCAACGACCGGCAGGUUUUUGUCCAGCUGAGCGAGCUCGUGGCAGGGCCUGUGCAUCUAGUAGACCUCGCCGAUGAUUACGACGAGGCGAACCCCCUGGCGCACUCGAAGAACGAGAUCGUGCGGGUCGCGAUCGUGGAGAUCGACAAGAGCAACAAGAAAUUGCGGCUCUCUAUGCGUCCUUCGAGAGUGCUCAACUCGUCACUUCCCGUCAAGGACAAGGAGAUUACCAAGGGCACCAAGCUCGAAGUCGGCGAUGUCGUACGUGGCUUCGUCAGAAACGUUUCGGACAAGGGCCUCUUCGUGUCGCUCGGCGGGGACGCUGUGGCGUUGGUCCAGAUCAAGGACCUCUCCGACUCGUAUCUGAAAGACUGGAAGGAGCAUUUCCAGGUCGAUCAGCUCGUCAAGGGGCGCAUUGUGUCGGUAGCCGAUGGCCGGCUUCGCAUGAGUUUGAAGGAGUCGGUGGUGGAGAAGGACUUUGUCAAGCUCACAACCAUCUCAGACCUGAAGGAGGGCCAGAUUGUGACGGGCAGGGUCCGCAAGGUGGAAGAGUUCGGUGCGUUCAUAGCCAUUGACCGCUCUGACAAUCUCUCGGGCCUGUGCCACCGCAGCGAGAUGGCAGACAGGGCAGUCAAGGACGCGAAGACGCUAUACAACGAGGGCGACCGUGUUAAGGCUCGUGUCCUGAAGGUGGAUCUCGAGCAAAAGCGAAUCAGCCUCGGGUUGAAACCCUCGUAUUUCAAGGAUGGGGAGGCGGACGACGUGGACGUCGACACCGACGACGAUGAGGACGGCGGCGCGGCGUUGGAUGGAAGAGAGGAGAGCGAAGAUGAAAAGAUGAGCGACGCCGGCGGGGCUCUCCUGAUUGCCGGCUCCGAUGCUGAGGACUCGGAGGACGAAAGCGAAGUGGAUGGUGGCAGCGAUGUCGAGAUGGCUGAAGCACCAGCGGAGGGCCUCGCAGCGCUUGACGCUGGCGGCUUCGACUGGACGGCAGAUGCCCUGGAUGCGGACGACAAGGCGAACGCUGACAUCGCCGACGGGCCACCAAGCAAAAAGGCCAAGAAGCGGCGGGAACCGCAGGGCAUCGUCGACAAGACAGCCGAGCUCGACAUCAACGGGCCGCAAACGUCCAGCGACUACGAGCGUCUUCUGCUUGGUCAGCCUGAUUCAUCCGAACUGUGGAUCGCGUACAUGGCCUCGCAGAUGCAGGUCAACGACCUAGCCAGCGCCAGGCAGGUGGCUGAGCGGGCGAUCAAGACGAUCAACAUCAAGGAGGAAACGGAGAAACUGAACGUCUGGAUUGCCUACCUCAACUUGGAAGUCGCCUACGGCACGGCCGAGACUGUGGACGAGGUCUUCAAGCGGGCGUGCACCUACAACGACGACCAGGAGGUGCAUGAGCGGCUGGCCAGCAUCUACAUCCAGUCCGGCAAGCACAAGGAAGCCGAUGAGCUCUUCGAGAGAAUCCUCAAAAAGUACGGCUCCCGCUCGCCGCACGUCUGGACCAACUACGCGCACUUCCUGCACGUCACGGCCGGCCAGCCCGACCGCGCCCGCGCCCUCCUCAAGCGGGCCACCCAGGUCCUCAGCAGCAGCACCACCGUCGCCGGGAACCAAGUGUACCUCUCGCUCCUGCCCAAGUUCGCCGCGCUCGAGUUCCGCUCGCCCCACGGCGACCGCGAGCAAGGGCGCACCCUCUUCGAGAGCCUGCUGGCGGCCUACCCGCGCAAGUUCGACCUGUGGAACCAGCUGCUCGACCUCGAGACCUCCCCAUCGUCCUUGUCGUCGUCGCCGGCGGCGGCCGCGGACCAGGCGGUCGUCGUGCGCGACCUGUUUGAGCGCGGCAGCAAGGUCAAGGGCCUGAAGCCCCGCCAGGCCAAGGCCUGGUUCAGGCGCUGGGCCAAGUGGGAGGAGGAGCACGGCGACGCGAAGAGUAGGGAGCGGGUCUCGGCUAAGGCGGUUGAGUGGGCGAGGCUGGCGAGCGAGCGGAAAGGCGCGGCUGAGGUUGCUGCUGCUGCUGCUGCUGCUGCUGCCGGGGCCGCGCAGGGCGAGGAGGAGGGGGAGGAGGAUGAGGCGUGAGUGAGUGAGUGUAGCAACAUUGUAUGGGAUUCCAAGUGCUUAUUCCUUGAGGGUAUUGUGUGGGCCCCGGACCUGCGCCAGGCGGAAUCUGUCGAUGCAAUAAAAUAGAUACCAACCCCCUUUC